AUGACGACAAGGAACAGUGACGGUACGACGCAGCCCCUCUUGGCCAACACGAACAACACAUCUCAGCAAUAUCUCUCGACUUCAACGUCGAGCUCGAACACUUCCAUAAUCGAACCCGAUGUCCCCGGUAGCAGCGCUUCUAGCGCCAGCGAAAGUGGACUAUCGAAAGACCAAGAUGAUACCGAAAAUGAAAACGAAAACAUCGGCUGGAUGUCCCUCCCUCGUAAAAAACAGUUGAUAAUCCUCGCCCUCUGCCGUCUUUCCGAACCAAUCACUGCAACUUCACUUCUUUCCUACGUAUAUUACUUUAUAAAAUCUCUCCCAGGCGCAAAUACACCCGAGGAGAUAUCUCGACGGGCGGGACUUAUGGUAGCUGCGUUCUCUGCGUGUCAAUUCGUGACUGGAAUGAUAUGGGGUCGAUUAAGUGAUAUAUACGGGAGGAAACCGGUUAUCAUGAUGGGAUUGUUGGGGACUACAAUAGCAAGUUUUGGAUUGGCGUUUUCGAAAAGCUUUUACUGGGCUGUUGGGAUGCGAAUGAUGGCUGGGGGUUCUAAUGCUACGACUGGGGUUCUGAGAACCGUUGUUGCGGAGCUAAUCAAAGAAAAGAAGUACCAAUCGAGAGCAUUUUUGAUAAUGCCUAUGUGCAUGAAUAUCGGUAUUAUCAUCGGUCCGAUAUUAGGUGGGCUGCUCGCCAACCCCGUCGAGAGCCAUCCUGGCAUUUUUGGUCCAGGGAGCUGGUUGGGAGGUAAAAAUGGAGUCCAGUGGAUGAAAGAGUAUCCUUAUGCCCGUAGGUUCCUUUAUUUCUACACUAUCUACCUUUUGGAUGAUACUCUGACAUACUUUUCUUCAGUACCAAACAUCGUCAGCGCAUGUUUCCUCAGUUUCUCAUUUCUCCUGGCCACUUUCGGGCUAGAGGAAACAAAUCCUUCUGGAGAUAUCAUCGGAAAAAUAGUUACAAAGCUCCAUAACUUCUGGUUACGAAUCACAAGCCCAUUCCGCAGCUUCUUCAACCGUUCGCAACAGCAGUAUACACCAAUAUCACAAGAAAUCACCGAUGAUAUUGUACAACCUCCACAACCUCCUCCCCGCCCCGCAGGAAGGAAGCCCGUACCUCUAAGAGAAGCAUUAACUCCCUCCGUUAUCUUUUGCCUCAUCUGCUUCAUAGCCCUACCCCUCCAUAACUCCACCUUCCUACAACUCUAUCCAAUCUUCCUAUCCACCCCUCGCCGUGACAACUCCCACCCUUCAACUCCAAUCUCAUGGAACGGAGGUCUCGGUCUCCCAGCCUCACAGGUCGGUUACGGCAUGGCAAUACUAGGUUUUAUAGGUAUCAUCAUGCAAUUAUUCAUCUACCCGCCUCUUCAAAUGCGACUGGGCACACUACGGAGUUAUCGAAUGAGCCUACUCCUCUUCCCGAUAGCAUACACACUCACCCCAUUUCUCGCAAUCCUACCAUCUGAAAACCACGAUCUUAAAAAACCGGCAUCCGGACGGGUAGUCUGGGCCGGGAUUAUAGUCACAUUGUUUAUUCAAGUUACAGCUAGAACCUUUUCAAACCCUGGGAAUGUUAUUCUGUUGAUGAAUUCGGUGAAUAAUAGACGGGCUUUGGGGACGAUUAAUGGGAUAGGAGCGAGUGUGAGUAGUUUGGCGAGGGCGGUGGGUCCUUUGUCUGCUGGUUGGGGGUAUAGUUUUGCUUUGGAAAUAGGAUGUGUGGGGGCUGUAUGGUGGGUUAUGGCGGGAGUAGCGAUGUUUGGCGUCUUUGUGAGUACUUAUGUUACUGAAGGGAAGGGGUUUGUGCAUAGUGAAGAGGAGGAAGAGGAGGCUGCAAAGGCAGUAGUACAGGACAAUCGGGAGGGGACAAGAUAA